AUGAAGAAGAUGUUAAAAACUAUUGAAACGUUAUCAGAGAAAGUUGAGCACCUACAGUUGGCAGUGGACCGUCAACACAGAGACAAAAACAACUACACACAUCGUUAUAGGAGUUACACUCCUGAGGGACCUCGUGAGGACCGCCGUGACUACUCCAGCAGAUCCUACAGAUCUUCGCCGCGACGUCAAGACUACGACCUUGCCAGCCAUCAUUCAUCUCGUCGUGAGGGGGAGAACUACCGUCGUCUUGGUUCGUCGGACCGGCUUCCACGUCAGAGCCAUUCUUCAGAGAGAGGCAACAACAACCGCGGCCGCUCUCCGGAUCGCUAUGAGAGUCGCCGAUAUCGCUCUCCUAGCCCAGGAAGAGUACGCUUCGAACGUAAAGCCGAGGCGAGAGCCUCGCUGAGAAAAACCCGGCUCAUCAUGGCGGAGUCUGGACCCGAGAAAACCCAAAGACUUGCGUUUGCAGAGCGCCAGUUGCUCCGGCACGGCUGGGAGCAUGGUAAAGGUCUAGGACGAGAUGAAAAGGGAAUUUCAGAAGCGAUAAAAGUGAAAGUCAAAUGUGACAAAGGCGGCCUUGGGCACAAGGAAGGCGACCAGUUCACAUUCCACUGGUGGGACCAUGUUUUCAACCAGACCUCUGCCAGCUUGCAGGUGGAGUCCAGCCAGGGCGGCACCACACUCAAGAGCAAUGGCCAAACCCAAGGCAGUAUAUCCAGCAAGAUACCCUUAAAGGCAAGCCUGGCUAAGGAUAAACUGUACGGGGCCUUCGUCAAAUCGGCCACAGUCUUAUCCGGAACGGUGGAAAACACUCAGAGCAACAGUAGCUGCAGUUCAGAUGAGGAAGACCUGGAUCUGUCCUCUGUCAAAGCCCUGUCAGAUGCUGCGCUGGUGAAGGCGUGCGGUGGUCGAACUGCGCACAAAGGAGCAAGGCACGGUCUGAAGAUGAGCGCCAAGCUCGCCCGUUUGGAACAGCAAGAAGCAGAGUUUAUGGCCAAAUAUGAAAAAACGAGGCAAAGCAAGGAGAGACAGGUCUGUGAAGUAACUGAAAGCACCACCUGUUUGAAUGCAGAAGAAAUGCCGGAGGUCAAAAGAAAGAAGAAAAACAGGGUUAAGGCAGAAAAGGAGAUUAAAGAUGUGCAAGAGGCCACACCGCCGCCAAAAAGAAAAAAGUCCAAGGAGUAA